CACAGCAAUGAACAAACGAAGAGCAAUUUCAGUGAAACGUGUAUGUCGUGCCAAGCGGAAAAUUCUCACUCGCAAAAUUCUUAAGAGACUUCAUCGAAAAGUGCGCGGACGGCUGAUUAUUGAGUCUGCAGAACUGUAUGUCAUGUGGAAGAAGCGUGGUCUGUCAGAAAAUCUUUUUAAUAAAAUAAUGACUGCAGGAAAAAUGGAAGAUGACAUUGAAUGGCUUAAGUUCUUAGCCCUGGCAAGCAGUUCUCUCGGCAUGACUGUUUCUAAAGUCAUGAAGAUUUUAUGCAAGGUUUUGUCAUCAAGUCAACUCAGAGGUCCACCAAGAAUGCCGUUCAGCACAUUUUCAUUUCUGUACAUGUACCUGGCUGAGCUUGCAGGCAUCUCAAAAUCACAUGUGGUUCAAGCUUUAAAGGUCUUAGAAGAGGUGAUCGGCCCUGAUGGGAUUAUUAGGAUAACCGAUUUUAUCAAAAACUCACGGGUGAAGCUGGAUAACGGUUACCUCGGGAGGCAUUAAUCAUCAUGCUAGUAAUGCCGACGUACAGAUAGUAACAGGGGAGCUUCUGUUCAUCUACCAAAUAAACCUCCCCGAGCAAUAAUAAAAUCACAGUAAGGGUAAAUCAGGAGAUAGCAAACUUAUGCACGUCAGAAUAAGGCAAACAUGAAUAAUUACAGCAAUAGCAUGAAUAUUGGCAAACAUCGUCUCCAAUAAAAUACUUUAAAACAGCAA